AUGCCGUUUCUGGAGAACUGCACGAUCCUCGGGGAGCUGGUGAGGUUGCAGGCCCAGAAGUCCUGCCUGCUGGGAUUCAGCACGCGUGCCGACUCCGUGCUGGAGAUGAACAUGGCCAAGACCAGCCAGGUGGUGGCCACUUUCCUAGAUGAGCUGGCCCAGAAGCUGAAGCCCCUCGGGGAGCAGGAGCCCGUGAUCCUGGAGCUAAAGAAGGCCGAGUGCCAGAGGCGGGGCCUGCACUUUGACGGGCCCAUCAACACCUGGGACCUGCACUACUACAUGAACCAGGGGGAGGAGACGUGCUACCACGAGGACCAGUACCUGCUCAAUGAGUCCUUCCCCAUGCAGGUGGUCACGCGCGGGCUGCUGGGCAUCUCCCAGGAGCUGCUGGGGCUGACCUUCGACCUGGAGGAGGGCGCCAACGUGUGUCACGAAGACGUGAGGCUCUACAGGGUCCGGGAUGCGGCCUCGGGCAAGGUCUCCAUCGGCAAGUUCUACCUGGACCUCUACCCUCGGGAAGGGAAGUCCGGGCACGCGGCCUGCUUCGGCUUGCAGCCGGGCUGCCUGCAACAGGAUGGGAGCCGCCAGAUCGCCAUCAUGGCCAUGGUGACCAACUUCACCAAGCCCACGCCCGACACGCCCUCCUUGCUGCAGCACGAUGAGCUGGAGACCUACUUCCACGAGUUCUGGCAAGCGAUGCACCAGCUCCGCUCCCAGUCUCGGUGGGGCACGGGAAACGCCGUCCCCCAGGGGCUGCAGGCCAAGCACAUCAAGUCCCGGCAGGCCAACCCAGGCUUAUUCAACCUGCGCCAGAUUGUCCUGGCCGAGGUGGACCAGGCCCUGCACAUGCAGACGCCCACAGACCCGGCCCAGGAGAAUGCCCGCCUCUGCCAGGAGAUCCUCGGGGGCCCAGCCAUGCCAGGGACCCACCUGCCUGCGACCUUUGGCCGCCUGGCAGAAAGAUACAACGCCCAGUCCUAUGGCUACCUGUGCAGCGAGGUGUACUCCGCGGACACGUUCCACACACGCUUCAAGCAGGAGGGCGUCCUGAGUGGCAAGGUUGCCAGGGACUACAGAAGCUGCAUCUUGAGGCCAGGGGGCUCCGAGGAUGCCAAGGGCAUGGUGAAGUUCUUCCUGGGUUGCGACCCCACGCAGGACGCAUUCCUCCUGAGCAAAGGGCUGCAGGUUGAGGGCUGCAAGCCGCCGGCCUGCUGA